CCCAUCUAACUCCCAACUCACCCUCAGAUAGUCGGGAUAGUCAUCACCCUUCAGUCCCCUACACUCCACACGGCAACUCCCCACCAAAACCGAAAUCCGACCCAUCCAAAAUGCCCCCAAAAUCAGAAACCCAGCCCCCAACCACCGCCACAACCACCACCCCCUACGACCCAUCCUCCGCCUCCAUCGACCCGCUUUUCCUCUUCAUUCGGAUCCUCCCUUACAGCUUCCUCCGCCCGCCCCGACUCCGACUCAAGCUCCCAUCCCUCACCCUCCCUUCCCCCAUGACCGUCUACGCCCUCGUUCUCCUCACCUACUUCAUGGUCGUCUCUGGAAUCGUCUACGAUGUCAUUGUCGAGCCUCCGGGCAUCGGAUCUACCCAGGACCGCCUCACGGGUUCGGUUCGACCCGUCGUCUUCCUCCAGGGCCGGGUCAACGGGCAGUACAUAAUCGAGGGUCUGUCGUCCGGGUUCAUGUUCGUGCUGGGCGGGAUCGGCAUUGUGCUGAUGGACUUGGCCCUGGAUCGAAACCGAGCCAAGAGUGUGAAAGUCUCGUAUGCCACUGCAGGGAUAUCUUCGGUCGUUUUGGCCUAUGUUAUGAGUAUGCUCUUUAUUCGCAUCAAGAUCCCGGCUUAUCUUCAUUAGGUAGCUAAUUAGCACCUUAAUUUUCAAUUUCGAUUUCAGUUUCAGUUGAUCUUGCAAAUUGUGGACCUCAAUUAUGGUUUAAUUUAGACAUGGAGUUAUAUAUUUAUCGUAUAAUUUGAAUCUGAUAUCUCUCUGUA